CCGAGGAGAUGCACUUAAAACCAGACAGUGGUUUUUAAUAACCAGCCAUCUUCUGAAAGGCAGUUUCUGCUCGGUUCGGCUGGGGCUGCGUGUGCCAUCAUGACAAAUGGGGCCUGCUGAGACCUGAUGGAACGGCUCUGCGAAGCAGCACAAGUGAUGGAGAGCUGCAGCCCGUGGCACUGCUGCUUCCUGCUUCCCUUUAACAAUACUGACCUUCGUAGCCUUUCAGGCUGUGUUUCCUGUAAUGUGUUUGAUUUGCAUUAACGCUUCCAUAAGCUUUGUCAAGCCCUUGAAGUUAGCAGCAGGAUUACAGCAACUGCUGUUGAGCACUGUAAGAGAUGGAAAAUAGUCAACUUCGUGUUGCAAAUACAUGUUAUUAAUAGAGUAAUGUGUGGCAUAUUGCUUAGUAAUAACUGAAGAGGAACCAGAUAGUUCCUUCUCUUCCCUUGGCAUCAUCCAAACUUUUUUCUAAACUAAGAAUCUGAGAAAAUAGCAGAAUUCCUUUUCUAAAGGGAAGGAGAGCAAAGCGAACCAAGAAAGAAAACUGCAAACCGAAUGGAGAGCACACGUUUGAAAGCUUCCUUACAUUUAGAAGUGAGAUAGUGAAAACUGGUGCAGUUAUUUUUAUCCUGAGGAGUCACCCUGCCCUGCAGAACACCAAGCAGUGCAGUGUGCACUGUUUGCUGUGGAACAGCUGAACGUCCAUGAGUCAUUUGUUUAAUCAUUUCUGACUCUUGGUGCCAGGCACCUGCCUUUUAAUUUGCUACGACCAACCUGAAACAUCUGUCAAUUUUUUCCCCAUGAAUUAAUAACUCUGUAAUUAAAAUCCAGCAGAGAGUUCAGCUAAGCCUGGUGGUUAAUUAGGACAGGAGAUAGCCCUGCGAGCAGCGUGGCAUUACGUUAGGUGGGGAUGGUGGACUCAAACCAGGGCUGGGGGACAUGGGGCUACCAGCAGGUGUGUGUUUUGGUAGCAGUUCUUCUGUUGUGGGCAAUCGGAUUGUGCUGCAAUUAGUAAUUCAGGACUCUGUUUGAAAAUCAUUUGCUUUACAUGCAGUUUCUUACAAAGGGUCUGGUUUUAGAUACUGCUGUUGUCCAAGUACUAAGGAAACAAGAAGCAGCAGAGGUGUAUUUAAUAAUUAAUCUCAUGUAGGAAAGUUGAGUCAAAACUUGCAAAAUUGUGCUAUGCAAUAGUGAUUUUUACCUUAGAUAUCUAGAAUCCAUUGCAAGGGAAUGCACUUCAGGAGAGGAGUUGGGUAAGAAGAUGACCUUGAGCAAAGUGGAGCUCCCAACAGCACAGCAGGGUGUUUGUCUCCAGCUUUGCCCCAGGGAGAAAGGAGAGGGAAGUUUUGUAUCAGUACCCCAUCUUUACAGUGGAGUCCCAAAGAGAGCUAAUGCAUAAUACCAAACAAAGGGAAUUGCACCAUUCUGAAAGAAUUGGUGUUCAGCCUUACACUAAACAAGGUGCCGUUUCAUUUUAAAGUAAUUUGUGGUUCUUAGAGUGUGUUAAUGAAGUGGGAUGGCUUCUGCUUGGAACUCUUCAGUGUUUUGGGACCAGGAAUGGGGCUGUGCAGAUUUGCUCAGCUUUGCCAUGUUGGUGUGGUCUGGGAAACAGCACGGAGCUGGUGGGAAAAACCUGAGUGGUGCAAUCCUCAGUCCCCAAAAUGAAAGUGGCUUCAUCCCUGGAUGUGCUUAAAAACCAUUUGGAUGUGGUGCUCAGGGCCAUGAUUUAGCGGAAGGUUGUUAGUGAGGGUAGUGUGGUUAGGUUGUGGUUGGACUCCAUGAUCUUUAAGGUCCUUUCCAACCUGAGGGAUUCUGUGAUUCAGAGAGCUUUGCAUUACAUGUACAGGGACAGUCUUUUUUCCUGAUGACAAGAUAGCUCACACUGCUAAGAAGCUGUAUGUGAAGCCCACAGUGUGAGUAAGCUCAGCAUGGCCCAUCCAGAAGUGCCUUUUCAAUGAAGCACCUUCACUGUGUGUACAGGGAGAUUGGCUGGCCAAGCUUGCCCUCUGCAGGCUGCACACACCUCUAUCGUUUGUUGCAGUAUUCUUUCCCUGUUCCUACAUGGGUAAAUUAAAUGUGCUGCUAGCACAACCGAGGUUGCUUUUUUUACGUUAAAAUAGUAAUUACUUCAACGGAUAUUUGGGGACAGCUCUGCAUUCUUAGUGAGGCUCGGUCCCAAAUAAGACAAGCAUUAAUUUAAUUUGCCCAAAUGGCUCUUGAUUAGGUUUGCUGUUAUCUGAAGGCAGUGAGCUAAUGGAGAUUAUGCAGAAGGGAUUUGAUGCAGCCCUCGAGCUGUUUGUUCAAGUUCAGCUCCCAGCACAGGCCAGAACCAGCAUCUGGUCUAAUGAGCUGCAGUGAGAAUCCCGCUGAUUGCAGCUCUGUUGUACGGGAUAACAAGGAGGAAUCAGCCUCAAACAGCUCAUAGGGAAGGCUGGGGAGGAAACACGGCUCUUGGGAGGCACGCAGGUACUGUGCGACUCCUCAGCAAACCUCUGCAGAAAUAAUGCUUUCUUAAAAAUCUCUCUGUUCUUAAACUGUACCUAAAGCCAUCUCUGUAGCGUAUACAGAUACAACACAUCACAGCAGGUACAAGUCAAUAUCAUGGAUCAGUUUAUGAGUAGGAGAGCUGUUGAAGUGAGAUACUCUGUUGUACAUGUACACAAAUCCUUACAAAUAAGACCAAAGAUUAAAUAAGGUAAAGUCUGACUUUACAACUUAACAAUAUAUAAACUAUAAACCCAGCAAAACUAGAGGGGAAGAAAUCUCUGGGUAGCUCUGACAAUUAAAGAUUUGGUUUUUGUCACAGCAUCCACAGUACCAGUAGUACGAAUCAAAUUGCAUUGAGAAGCCUGCUGCUGCUGGUGAAAGAGAUGCUGCACAAAGGGGGAGAUGUAGGUGGUGCCACUGGAUGCCUCUUUUUUCCCCCAAAACAUUUUGCAACCUGGAGAUGUUUGAUGCAUCUAUUAAGGCAAAGCAAAACCUGAAUUUACAGGGUCUUCAAAGAAGCUGAAAGUCAUUUUUCAGCACUUUCUCAGUGAGGCUGGAUAUGCUUGUGUGUGCUUGGGAUUCUCUACUGGUUUUGUUUUGGGCUUGUUCUCCUUUCUUUUUAUAACACUCUUCUACAUACCGCAUCCCUUAAUAACAGUCAUUAAGUGUAAUACUACAGCCACAACAGCAGUGAGGGUGCCCGGGGUGCAGCAGGGCUCCCAGGGCUCUGUGAUUGCUGGGCAGCUCACACUGAGAGCAGAGGGUUGUGUGCUCCUCCUGCAGGGCUGUGCCCAAACCCCAUGUGUUCUUAGGUUGGUGCCAACAGCUGAUCUCAGUGAGAAACUGUAAGCAGUAAAUUCCAAUGGGGGAAAAAAAGGCUUCAUUAAUUUUUUUCCCCUGAGUAGCUCAAUAAAAUAUGCUCUCUGAAACGAGAGCUGACUCUCACACAUUGCAGGUUUAACAAGGGCUCGUUUCAAUAGGCCCUUAUUGGAGUUCAGGCAGUAAAGAGUGAAUGAGUUUAGAGGUUGUCUUUCAGUGUUCUGCAGCCGAGGACAAGCAGCGUGAGGAAGGGGUUUGGUUUGUGAAUACUCUGUAGAUAUGAGAACUCAGAGGCAAGCUGCUCGGUGACUUGCGCUGUAGGGAUGCAUGGAGAUGCUCCGUCGUGCUGUGCUGCUCCUGCCCUGCAGGUGGGGCCGUGGGUGUACGCAAAUGAGUGCGUUCCUGCUGGGAAGGGCUCUCAUCAGUGCAAAGACAGCUUCGUUCGUUCCUGAUAUUCUAAUGCCACGCAAAUGACUUAUUUGGUUAUACCGUGUUUUGACUGUGGCUGAUUACUCUGUACUCAGGUGAAGGUUAAUGUGAUUCCGUGUUUGUUUGACACUGCAAUAAUUACAACUCACAGUCAACAAAAACUGCAGUUGAGUUUUUAAUUUUCAUUCAUGCCGCGUUUUGUUCCCCAGCAUUGUCUGGGGCUGAGAUAAAGUCAGACUUGCAAUAGAGCGGCACAAUGAGAGAUGCUGACAGGAUCCGCAGCAAGAAAGUCCCGGUGUGGGAUGCACAGGGGGCUCCAGCACUGCAGGAGAGUCAGCCCUGGUGCUCCAGCAGUGGUUGUGCAGCAUGCAGAGGCUGCAGCUCCUCGGCCUCACUGCUUACAGCAUUCCUUUAGCACAAAUAAACGCCGCCAUCGAUGCAGCCCGGGAAUUGCUCAGACACCACUUUGAGAGCGUCUGUUCUAUUUUGCUGCGUUUUGAAAAUCCCGGUUUUCUGCGGGCUCCUACCUCCGGUCCCAACGCCUGGUUCCUACAGGGGAGCUUAGUGCUCAACCCAAACUUCUUUCUCCCGCAGGGUCGGUCCGUGGGAGCGCUCCAGGCAGCUCGUGGCUUUUCUUCCGUAGUUCUUCUCCAAGUGCCGGCCGCCAACAGGCAGCUCCAAGCCGAGGUUCCUCGCUGUGCCUUCUCGUGCUCUGCGCUGCUCGGUGCCAUUUAAGAGGUGGCCGAGGAGCCCUGCGGCGCCGGGCGGGUCUCGUUCCGCAUCCAGACGUGCAGCUCCCCGGGCCGGAGCGGUGCUGAGGCUCUGCCCCUCGGGGCGGUGCUGCCCGGCCCGGUCCGCACGUGAUCGUGGCCGCCCCGGUGCUGUACCUGCGGGCGGCUCCGCCCCGGCCCGGGAAGAGAAGGAGCGGCCGGUGGGACGGGGCCGCUCGAGAGGGGGCUGCCCCGUGCAGGCAGCGGCCAUGGCCUUCGGGAAGGCGCCCAAGGACCCGUUCGGUACCGCCGUGGGGAGCCUGGUGGACCGGGCGACGUUCGGAUCGCUGCAGACGGAGGAGUGGGGGCAAUUCAUGCACAUCUGCGACGUGAUCAACGCCACCGAGGAGGGGCCUAAGGAUGCAGUCAAAGCGUUAAAGAAAAAGCUUGCAAAAAACUGUAACCAUAAGGAGAUCAGGCUCACCCUGUCUCUGCUUGACAUGUGUAUGCAGAACUGUGGUCCAAGGUUCCAGUCUUUAGUUGUGAAGAAGGACUUCUGCAAGGACAGGCUGGUGAAACUGCUGAAUCCCAGAUACAACCUGCCCAUUGACUUACAGGAGAAAAUCCUGAGCUUUAUCAUGAUCUGGGCCCGAGGGUUCCAGGGAAUGGUGGAUGUGACCGAAGUAAAAGAAGUUUAUAUUGAGUUGCUGAAGAAAGGAGUGGAGUUUCCAUCUUCUGAUACCAGCAAAGGAAAGCCUAAGCAGUCCCCAUCUCCUGCAAAGUCAUCACCAUCUUCUGCUAAUCCCCCAAAACGUUCUUUGCUGCCUCUUCCCACGGGCCCAACGUUACUGCUGACACCUGAGCAGAUUGGGAAACUGUACAGUGAACUGGAUAUGGCGAAAAUGAAUGUGAGAGUCAUGUCAUCGAUAUUAAGAGAAAAUGUUCCUGGCUCUGAGAAUCCGGAUGAUAUGAACCUUUUACAGAAGCUGUACAAGACGUGUCGGAUGAUGCAGGAGCGGAUCAUGGAGCUGCUGGUGACGGUGGAGAAUGAAGAUGUGAUAGUUGAGUUAAUACAAGUAAAUGAAGAUCUGAAUAAUGUUCUCAUGGGACACGAAAGGUUCUCUCGAAACAGAGUUCGAUUUUUGGAGAACCAGAGAAUACAGCGCGACCGUGAAGAGCUGUACAGGAAACAGCCGUCUGCUCCCUCCAGUGAUCUCCUUGACCUCUCUACAGAUUCUCCAUCUCCUAUGGCUGCAGUGCUGGGGAAUGACCCUGCAGCAUCUCAGUUUCCAAGCCCCAAUUCUGUAUCUGCACACCCUGAAGAUACAACAAGGCCCAAUCCAUCCAUUUAUCCCCAGCUGGAUUUAGCAACUGCUGCAAAAGCUCAGCAGUUCCCAUUUGCAACUGAAGCACAAAACAGUAGUGUAAGCAGCCCAGCUGGACAUACAUAUAGCAACCUGGCAACUCUUUUAAGCCCAGUGCCUCUGAGUCCAGUAAAUCUGCAGGCUGGACACACUACAUCAUCAAAUGGAGCAUCACCAGCAGCUGCAUCAAAGAACAAGUUGCAGUCACCUCAUUACUACGAGGUAAUGGAGUUUGAUCCUUUGGCUCCUACAGAAGCCAUUUAUGAAGAAAUUGAUGCCGUUCUGCUGAAGCCAGAAGCUGAAAAGCAUUCGGAAUGCUGAAGGUGGAGGUCUGAAUACACAAGUUACUCUGGUGCUGCUCCCAGGCAAUGCUUCAUGUAACGUAUGCGUGAACAACAGCAAUGAGAAGUAGAGAAGUACUUGGAUCCACACCUGGAGAAUCUGCCUCACGUGUUCAGCUGUGUAUUAUUCGAGGUGACUUACCUGGUUACUGUUUUUGUACUGUGGCCUUCAAAAUAUAAUUUCCAAAGUCACCUGUGUAUGAAGUAGCACUUGACAUCAAAAACAAGGAAAUUUAGAGCACUCUCACAGCCAUAGAAGAAAGCUUUUCUUCUGUCUUAAUCAGUUCUUUCAUACUACAUAAUCCUAUGUUUGUUUUGGCCAUGUUGAUGUCCUUGAAAUUCUCUCCCUAUAAACAUAUAGAUGUUCUUUUUGAAACAUAGGACUUACCUAAAAUUGAGCCUUUUGAGAGAUAAAAAAGAUACACAGUUACCACUUCCUUACGUUUAUAGUCUGAAUAUGGAUUUUGUUUUCUUUGUAAAACCCCACAAAUUAAUAGGAUUUUUGCCUUGGUGAGCACCUGAGCAGGGACAUGAGAUGCUGUCAUCUGUGAUCAACAGAGCAGAGCAAAGCUGUGUGUUGCCAUGUUGUGGUUAUUAGUAAAUAGUGGAAGGGGAUCACUAUUUUUUCCAAUGUUCCUGCCCUGCAGAGCUUGUUCUGGUGAAGGAAAAAUAUCCAUCUACAGUGCAAAUAAGCAUUAGUUAUCCAUUGAUUUUAAUCAAAUAACUUAAAGCUGUUUUUAUCUCUCAAUAGCUUAAGUGCCUUGUCUAUUUUAAUGCUGAAUGCAAUAUCUGCACUUUAAGAUAUAGUUCUCUGAAGUUAUAACUGAUAAAAUAAUAUUGAGAACGUGGUUCAUGUUCGUAGCUGAUAAGCCAACUUCAUCUUUAAGUGCUGCAUUUUAAGUGUUCAUUGUUACCUGUUUAAGUGACACAAACACUUAAAGCCUUAAGGAAUUUCUGUAGCAUAGAAUUCCAAAUAAAAGCAAAUGCUUCCUGAAUA